CUCUAUAUCGCUAUAAUAUAGGCACAUAGUUAUGUACUUAUUGCAACAAUACAAAAUAAAAUAAGUUUAUCAUUCAGUUUAAGCUACUUUAUCUCCUCUGUUGUGUCCGGUGUCUGUCGUUUUUUUUGUUUUAAUUUAAUGAACGAUCCACAAUUUACAAGAUUUAAAGAAAGAAGUACUGUGUUUUACAAGACUUUGUAUUGUGUGCACUUCGCCUAUCAUAGUGUGUUUGUGAAGUGAAUGUGAACUUUACCUUCUUAAUUGUUUUAAACAAAAAGUUAAAGAUGAGUGAAUUACGCCAUAGAAAGUUAAAAGAUGAUACCUCAACGUCACAUAUCAGCGUAAGGAGCAGAUCCCUAAAGCAACCGCGAAGACUAAAGAAAAUAUUUAUUUUGCUGCUUGUUCUUGCAUUAUGUGCUACAUAUUUUUUGGGGCUUUUCGCGGGCCAGACACAGUGGUUCGAUGGGCUGGCCAAGAGUUUGGGGUACGAGAGCGUAUACCACCAUGCAGUCGUUAUUGACGCUGGCUCCUCCGGGACAAGAGUUUUGGCGUAUAAGUUUAGAGUGCCGUUCACAGUAUUUGGCCAGGCGAGCCUGGAUCUAGUAGAUGAAUAUUUUGAAGAAACGAAACCGGGUCUAUCGUCGUACGUGGAUGAUCCGGAAAAAGGUGCGGAAACAAUAUUGCAUUUAGUGAGGAGUUCAGAGGAUCACAUUCCUAUCGAUGCUAAGAAGAAACGUUCGACACCACUGAUCGUGCGAGCCACAGCUGGUCUGCGGCUUUUGCCAGAAGAUAAAGCAAACAUGCUCAUAAACACUGUUGCCAAAGCGAUAACACAGUUGGGAUAUGACGUCGGCGAAAAUAGCGUGGAGAUUAUGAAAGGGUCCGACGAGGGCAUCUUUAUUUGGUACACAGUUAAUCUGUUACACAACUUGAUGGGUGUAGAGACAAUGGCAGCUUUGGAUUUGGGUGGCGGUUCCACUCAAAUCACUUACCAGUUGGAGGAGGAAGAUACGAAACUGUUUCCGCCCAUAGAUCAGUAUAUAGUGCCGGCGGGUGAAAACAUUACCAUUUACACCCACAGCUAUUUAAAAUUAGGUCUACUGGCAGCUCGAUUCGGUACGUUUAGCCUUGAAGCGAGUGAUAACAGCACGGGCGAGUUUAAGUCCGUAUGCGUUGAUCCUAUUGUGCAAAAUGAGAAAUGGACGUAUGCCAACAAGCAAUAUGUGAUAAGCGGAGCACCUCGUCCGAGUAGUAUGAAGAGGGACGUAGUGUACGCGCGUUGUCACGAUUUGGUCAAACGCUACGUACUGAAGACGUUGGAUUGGGAACCAAAAACUGCCCCACGGGGUGCCGUGGCCGCUAUGAGCUAUUUCUACGAUGUAGCAGCCGAUGCUGGAAUCAUUGACGUAAUGAAAGGCGGCACUGUCUCCGUGUCCCAGUAUCGCGCAAGUGCCAUCAAAGCCUGCUCAGCGUCAAACGUUGAUCAGCCGUGGGCAUGCGUCGAUCUUGUCUACGUCGUCACACUACUGCAGGACGCGUACAAGAUACGUGAUAACGAGCGUAUAUCGCUCUUCAAAAAGGUGGAUGGUCACGAGGUAUCUUGGGCCCUGGGACUUGCUUACACUACAGUAAUGAAUCGCAUCACCACCGCACCGGCCGCCUAGCGUUGGCAAAAGUAUUUAUAUUACAUUCACACUAAUUUAUGAUGAUUGUUAUUUAUUUGAUUCAUAUGCUAUAAAUAAUUUUAUUAUUGAU